AGUGCUUUAAACGUUUUAGGAGUUUUGUUGAUUGAUCAAGAAAGCGUAAUCGAAAAUGGGUUCUUCGUCGAACGGAGGAGUGCCACCUGGUUUUCGGUUUCAUCCGACGGAUGAAGAGCUUCUCCAUUACUACUUGAAGAAGAAAAUCUCUUACCACAAGUUUGAGAUGGAAGUUAUCAGAGAGGUUGACUUAAACAAGCUUGAACCUUGGGAUUUACAAGAGAGAUGCAAAAUAGGGUCAACGCCGCAGAACGAAUGGUAUUUUUUCAGCCACAAGGACAGAAAAUACCCGACCGGGUCAAGGACAAACCGUGCUACUCAUGCAGGGUUUUGGAAGGCGACGGGACGAGACAAGUGCAUAAGGAACUCUUUCAAGAAGAUAGGAAUGAGGAAGACACUUGUGUUCUACAAAGGAAGAGCUCCUCAUGGCCAAAAGACUGAUUGGAUCAUGCAUGAGUACCGUCUCGAAGAUGCUGAUGAUCAUCAAGGCAACCCUAGUGAAGAUGGAUGGGUAGUUUGUAGAGUGUUCAUGAAGAAGAAUCUGUUCAAGGUAGUGAAUGAAGGUGGGUCAAGCAUUAAUUCAACGGACCAAUACAACCAUGAUGCAUCCAACAACGACAACACGCUCCAAGCUCAUAGCUUCAUGCACCGAGAGAGUCCGUACCAGCUCGUACGCAACCACGGAGCCACAACAUUCGAGCUGAACAAGCCUGACCUUGCCCUUCAUCAAUACCCACCAAUCUUCCAAAAGCCACCUUCUCUUGGAUUCGACUACAUUUCAGGGCUUACAAGGGACUGUGAGAGUGCGGCUAGUGAAGGGUUACAAUACCAGCAGCAAGCGUGCGAGCCUGGUUUAGAGGUUGGUACGUGUGAGACAGUGGCUAGUCAUAACCAUCAACAAGGUUUAGGUGAAUGGUCGAUGAUGGAUAGGCUUGUGACGUGUCAUAUGGGAAAUGAAGAUUCGUCAAGAGGGAUUAGGUUUGAGGAUGGUAACAACAAUUCUUCGUCUGCUGUCGAGACAGUUCCUGCGACCAACCAGCUUUCCUUGCGCAGUGAGAUGGAUUUCUGGGGUUAUUCUAAAUAGAUGUUUAUAUGUAUCGUAUGAUUAUAAAAGUGUUGGUGUGUGUGUUCGUGAUUUAAUUACAUGUUGUAAUUUAUUUAAUUUUUAUGAUUCGAAGCAUAUUGCUUCACAUAACCCAAAUAGUUAUAUCCACUGCUGGAAUGAAUAAGAAAAACAUAUCAUUGGAUACGUUUAUUGUAUAUGUAUUUUUAUAUUCUUCUGUUUUGCAAAGCAACUAAUAUCACAAGAAAUUGAGCCGCAGCUAAUAUUACAAGAAAGUAAGGAUAUAAUAUUUUUUAACAGUAAAGAGAAUGUUCUUCACAAUAAAAAUGACUAUAUGUAAGAACUCAAGUCACAUUCAAAAGACUAACAAAGAGUUUGUAGAAAAAAAGAGGUUUUCUUUAUUACAGACCAGAGUCAGAGAAUACAAGAGAUCGGAUUAUAGGGUUGAUCCGUUUAACUGGAAAAUAAUUAAGCGAGAGAUAUUUGUUGUGUUUGCUGUAUGCUUUUUGUGGGUUAAAAAGCGAUCAUCUACACGAAAUGAGGCUCUCUCCCUUUUAUACUUCCAUCGUUUGCUCCUCAUUAAUCACCUGAUCAACUGGGAUCAGACAGAAAAUGGAAAGUUUCAUUUUCAUCUUCCGAUCCGAUCUCUCUUGAUUGAUAAUCUUCAUUAAUGGCUUGAUUGGAUCCGAUCUCCGACGAUAUCUUCCUCAUUAAUUGCGUGUUCCCGCUUCUCGAAGAGAUUAGGGCUUUCUCCUAAACGGGCCGGUUUCAUUCUCCUUAGGCCUGAUUAAGGGGGUUCUAAGCCCGACCCUAACAAUAACCUCUGCCAGUUCGGCGAUCGAACGUAGAGAGCUCGAAGAACUAAUGUUUGGCCCA